AUGUUUUGUAGCAAGUAUGACAUUGUGGUGCCUGAUAUGGAAGAUCAUUUUCUUAUUCCAGGACAGUCUCGUCGUGCUAGGCACUUGGUAACUCGUUAUCAUCAUCAUAAUAAGGUUUUUCUUACUGUGAUUGAUUUGCUUACUGUUGAGAUAAAUAAUAGGUUUUCCAAAUCUAGCACUAUAUUAUUAAGGUACAUAUCAUGUCUUGAUCCAAGAGACUCUUUUUCUAGAUUUGAUCAAUAUAGUUUUAUUUGCCUUGUUGAACUCUAUUCUGAUGAUUUCUCUGCUAUUGACUUGCAAUUUUUGAGAGAUGAUCUAGAUACGUACAUUUAUGAAGUAAUACAAACUUCUGAUUUUACUAGUUGUGAAGAUCGUUCUAUUCUUGCAAUUAAGAUGGUUCAAACUGCUACAACAUCUGUUGGGAGAGCUUUUUCUGCAAUGAACCACAUCAAGUCAGAUUUAUGGAACAACAUGGCAGAUGAGUGGUUGAAUGAUUUGAUGAUAUGCUUCAUUGAGAGGACGAUAUUUGCUGCCAUGGAUAAUGAAGAUAUUUUAUAG